UAUAGACAAUGUCAUUUACUUAUGUUCAACAAAAAUCUUCCCAAUCAUAGGGUCAUAGUCUGAGAAUUACUAAUAGGCUAUAUUUUAUGUACGACAGAAAAUAACAAUUUAUUGAAGUGCAAAACCCCGCAAAUAGAAAAUAAUUUAUAAGACAAAAAUUCCCAUUGAAAAUAAAUUCAUGUCUCAAACAUUUAUUUAAAUGGCAUUAGUAUAGGAUUUUGGGUUUACUAAGCCAUUACUAUUUACUACGAGUAGAGUUGUUUGUUAAGAUUAUCAAAUUUGCUUGGGGUUAAGUGUUUCGAACCGGUUUAAAAUCAGAUUUAGUAUACACAUUAUUUUCCACACAUUUUAAAAUUCAUUUGAAGUCGGGUCAAAAUAUUAUUUGAUUAUAAAAUCGGGUAACUAUCGAAUCGUUAAAUAUAUUUCGGACAUUUUGAGCAAAAAUUCCAAAACAACCCCUAAUUUGUUUAGCAUGAAUCAAAUCAAGUAACACAACAGUAUUCUAUUCUUUUGUUGCCAAUAGAAGUGUCUUUCUUUUUAAAAUCCCAGAAUUCAAAAUCAAGGAGAGAGAGAGAACAAGAAGGAAAAACACAGAAGAGAGAGAGAAACACAGAGAGAGGAAUGACGAUGGACAGAGAAAAGGAAAGAGAAAUCGAGCUAGAAAGCGCAAUGUACACUAAUUGCUUACUUUUAGGUCUUGAUCCCUCCAUUAUCGGUCUUGUUGGCACCAAUACUACUCCUAGAGUUGGUCUUUUCCGCCAUUCUAAUCCUAAACUUGGUGAACAACUUCUUUACUUUAUUCUUUCUUCCCUUCGCGGCCCUGUUCAAUCUGCUAAGGAUUUUGAUAGAGUAUGGCCGAUUUUUGAUUCUGCUCAGUCGCGUGAUUUUAGAAAGGUAGUACAAGGGAUAAUUAGUGAACUUGAAUCUCAAGGUGCUCUUCCAAGGAGUAAUUCUAGGGUUUCUUCCCUUGCUACUUGUUGCGGACCCAGAUUUGUUGAACUUUUAUGGCAACUGUCUCUACAUGCCUUACGUGAGGUUCAUCGACGAACUUUUCCAGCUGAUGUUGCUUCCAAUGCAUUGCCUAGUUCCCUAACUGAUGUGGCAUUUUCGCAUGCUGCUGCACUUCUUCCUGUAACAAAAGCGAGGAUAGCUCUUGAACGGCAGCGGUUUCUGAAAAAUGCAGAAAGUGCCGUCCAGAGGCAGGUGAUGUGGUCAAGUUUGGCGCAUGAGAUGACUGCAGAGUAUCGUGGUCUCUGUGCAGAAGAGGCAUUUUUGCAGCAAGAGCUUGAAAAACUUCAAGAUUUGAGAAACAAAGCCAAGAUGGAAGCAGAAAUAUGGGAUGAACGCGCACCUGGCUCUAGUCAAAGUUCUCAUUUGGUCUCCAAAGCUACUCGAUUAUGGGAUUCCUUGUUAUCUCGUAAAAGCCAGCAUGAAGUUCUUGCAUCAGGACCAAUAGAGGAUUUAAUAGCCCAUCGAGAACACAGGUAUCGUAUAUCUGGUUCGGCUCUGCUUUCUGGUAUGGAUCAAAGCUCACAGGUUUUGUUGGGGGAGCUUGGAGACCAAUCAAUAGUUCAUCAAGAUGAGGAAGAGCCAAUUGAUGUGUCAUCCGCCAAUUUGAACAGAGAAAUGUCAAGAACAAGUGUAGAUUCUUCCCAUUCGCAAACUAACAAAGAUAGUCUAUCAGAUGACAGAGGUGGAAGAGGUCAUCCGACUGUUGAUGUUGCUGAAAUCCUAAGACGCUGGACACAUGCCUUGCAACGAAUCCAUAAGCAAUCACUUCAAUUGGCAAAAGCUAAUGAUGGAGAGGGUCCGGAAAUCCUGCGAAGUGCACAAGCUGGCGGAACAGGUCAUGCUGAGUGUUUAGCAGCGACUCUUGUUGAACAUCGACAGCACUUGGCAAGCAUACAGGUGUUAAUAAAUCAACUGAAGGAAGUUGCCCCUGCCAUUCAAAACUCUAUUGCAGAUCUCACUGAAGAAGUCAACAAUGUUUCCUCUAGUUUUCCUUUAAUGAAUAAACUUUCUGGCCAGUCUAAUAUGCCUGUGCAAACUCAAAACAGUGGGAAGACAAUGGUUGGUCGAACCGAUGAUAUUUCUGAAGUUACAUCAAAAAUGUCCAGUGUGCAUCUCGAGAAGGUGGUCGCAAGCCCAACUUUAAAGCUUCCUCCCUUGUUUAGUUUGACACCUAAUUCAACCGGGAAAGUGGGAAGCGUCCAAAAGAGUUUCUCAUCUCCAGUCAAGCCUGUAGAUAAUUUAUUAGAAAGGAAGAGUGUUGACAGUGCAUUAUUGAAUAAUACAAUGGAUAAUUUGCCAGAAGACACAGAUUCUUUAUAUGUUCAGAAGUUUAAGCGGUCAGUCCGAGAUGCUGCUUUGGCGACAAAAUCAUGUGAUUAUGAGUCCUCACGUGAUAGCCACUCAGAAGAUGGUUCAGAACACUUCUUUGUGCCACUUUCUGCUUCAGGGACUCCUUCUCUGGGUGCGGAACAAAGGGGAUUUGUAGGUAGGACCGAUCGAUUGUUUGCAUCUGAAGCUGAAUCUUUCCUUGGGAAUUCUAUUCUUGACAAUUGUGGAGGCAAGAAGUUUGAUGAGUCUGAUGCUUUCAAUGAAUGUGACUCACUCUCUGAAUAUGACCGAGUAAAUGGGUUUUUGUCAUCUGCUGCGUGUUCAAAUUAUGCAGCUUCUGAGUCUCAAACAUCUUUCUAUGACCUUGAUGACACUCCUGAUCAAGUCUUCUCUCCGCCUUUACUAAUGGAAACAUCGUUGCUAGCAGAUUCAUAUGAAGAUUUACUUGCUCCACUUUCAGAAACAGAUGCUGCUUUAAUGGAUCAUUAGUCAGUGUACUUUCUGUUUCGGGAACACUUUUGUUUAUAUCCCUACGUCUCAAUGGUUCUGGGUUGAAAUAUCCGUGAUGUUUGUUUCCAGAUUAUGCAUUCAUUUCUUCUAUACCAAAUCGGGAAUGUGAAUACACAUGCAAGCAUAAAUUUGAUUAAAGCCAAAUUCUUGGCCUCGAGUUUAAUGAGGUUGGGACAAAUGGGAUUUUAAAGUCAUCCCGCUUAAUGGUGACAACGAGACAGGGUUGCGAAGCCAGAUGGUUGUAGUUAGCUCAGCUUAGGCUGAUGCCUCUUGUGUUGGUCAUGGCUAUGAAUCAGUUACCAUCCUGCAAAAGAUUUGUACAGCAGUUGUGUUGCAAAGGAAAUCGGAAAUGGUGUGUGCAGUGUGCUGUAUGAUAGAUUUGUGUAUUUUGUGGUUUGUUUUGCUGGAGAGCGUGCUAUUUGUUCUGGGAAAGAACGUUUCAAAAAGAAUUUAUGUUUUGAUGAAGCGGAUAUUUUCCAAGUUCUUUGAUAAUAGGCUGCUGGAUUCAUCACUGAAGAUCGUUCAUUUAACAAGAUUCAGUAUGAUUGGUGUUUAGGAUGUAUUGCAUUAGGUUGUAUAAUUGUAUGAUUGUAUCCCGUAUGUCGAACGAUUUUCCCCUUUCUCAAGUCUCCAGAUAUUGUACGAUACAUUUUGUAAACAUAAAUUGAUACCUACACGACUGCGUGUCAUGUAUUAGUUUUUUUGUUAUCAUGUAGCGUUAUAGCAUAACUACUUUGGAGCUUUUUUUUUUUGAAAUUUAAGAGCAAGAUUACUCCAAAAA